CCCUUAUCAAGUUAGAGUGUCAUCCCGUUGCUGUCAAAGGGUUUAGCAAGCUAGCCUGGGAUGACAUAAAUAAAAGUGAGCUGUAACUGAGCACUUUGACAAUACAAUCUCGUCCUAGACUAUCUUGUCGAAGAUUCUGUGUGUAUUCGCUGAUGGCCAGGAUGGCACAUGUUGUGGGACCUUCUUAAAAAGGGGCUGCCGACUCGAUCUUCUGUACGAGUAAUGAACCUUAACCCCUUUUGGAGCAUGUCUUCGAAUACUAGCCGUAAGCAGAGAUCUGACUUCGAGGACCAGACUGGACAUGGAGAGCAAAGGUCCAGCCCCGCCCGGCUUCCCUUCGGAAAGAAGCAGCUUCCAGCGAUUCCCAAGAAUGCGACUCCCAUCACAAAGCCAAGUGCGAUGGGCGCUCCCAUCCAGUCGACCAAAGACGCACACGCAUCAUACGGUCCCUUUUAUCUGGAGUACUCAUUACUAGCGGAGUUCACUCUUGUGAUCAAGCAGAAGCUCCCGGGAAUAUACGUCCAGCCAUCCUACAAGUCUGCAUUGAUGUGGUUUGGUGUCAUAUUCAUCAGACAUGGCUUGUACCAGGAUGGAGUCUUCAAAUUCACUGUGUAUAUUCCUGAUAACUAUCCUGAUGGAGAGUGUCCUAAAUUAGUCUUUGAUAUUCCGGUCUUCCAUCCACUUGUCGAUCCUGUGUCCGGGGAGCUUGACUUGAAAAGAGCCUUCACCAAAUGGAGACGAAACCACAACCACAUCUGGCAGGUCCUCAUGUACGCACGCACUGUUUUCUAUAAGAUCAACACCACAGAACCACUAAACCCUGAAGCUGCAGUGCUGUAUGACAAGGAUGUGCAGUUGUUCAAAAGCAAAGUGGUGGACAGUGUGAAGCUAUGCAACAGUCAUCUUUUUGACCAGCCCAAAAUAGAUGACCCCUACGCAAUAUGUUUCUCUCCAUGGAAUCCAGCUGUACACGAAGAAGCAAAGGAACGCAUGUUUACAUACAAAAGACGACCUGAUGAUCCUCAGAAGGGAACGCAGGUGUCAGGGCUGUCUUGGGUGAAGCCGGGAACAACACAGCCGUUCAGCAAAGACGACUCGUCUCCCCAGAGCUGAACUUGUACUGUCACUGCAGCAUCCACUAGAGGGACUCGCUUCAUCAGCCAAGCAUCUGACUAGUCUCAGCCGAUGAGAUGAGAAUCUGUUGGGAGGACCUCGAAAUGUAUGUUAUUGCUCAGCUUUAAAGGCUUUGUAGCUAUCUCAAGCCGGCUGUCGUGUAAGCUAGCAAAGCUUUUGUAUCAUAUGUAAAUCAAAGAUGACAAAUGGAUGUCUAUAUUUUAGGCUGUGGUGCAAUCAAAACAGCUUCCUCAUUUCGAUUCUGGGAUCCAUGCACAUGUUAGAUCAGUUGAUUUUUAUACCAAAAUGAGCUUAUCUGCUCCCUGCUGAACCUGGGCUCAGGACUGUUGAUGUCUCAGACUUGGAAUGUUAUCGGUCACUUCUGUGUCAGCUCGUUCCAAACUCCACCUGUUCCGGUUAGGUUAACUACGUUGUUCAUUCUAAUCUGUUUAUUAGGCCGAUGUUUCUUUAUAUUCUCCUGUGACUUACAGAUAAUAUAUAAAUACACAGGUUUGGUUUUAUUUUGUUAUUUUUUAAGAUUGAUUUUAUAGUCUUGUUGGAAUUCUUAAAGGUUUGAUGUGUAAAUAGUGGAUGCUGUUCUGAGGUGAGCGUCCGACAUUUGUGUUCAAUCAUAGAUUUACGGUUUUAAUUCAUCAUACUGUUCAUCAUGUCCUGCACACAUCCCCUUUAAUGCUGAGAUGUAUUUUUAUAAGUCUGGGGCUAAUCACUCGGCACCACGAAGUCCACGCUGGUGUCUUCAUAUUGGGUUCAUGUGAUUCACUUCACCUGCAAUUGGUCCUUUUUUUGUAAUUUGGUUUUAAUGGUUUUGUUGGAGAUCCAUUCGGUUUGUGGCUAAAAUGACUGCAAAGAUGAAAAAUCUCAAAAUGCUUCUUUGGUGAACAAUAAAGUUGCGAAAGUAA